UUAUUGUGUGCUGGAGAAGAAGGGAGCGAGUGCGUUGAGAGGGGGGAGCUGAGCUGUGAGCUGUGUGCUGUGGCCAGGAUUUUUUUCUCUCUCUCCGAGGACAACAUCUGUCCAGAACUCUGACUGUACAUGUGAAAGCUGAAUCUUUCGGACUGGUUUUAAAGAUGUGUACUCCUUGCUGGUUAUCUCAGUUGGGCUGCUGCUGCGGCUCGGCCGCCUGCUCGCUGUGCUGCGCCUGCUGUCCCAAGAUCAAGCAAUCCACAGGGACGCGCUUCAUGUACGCCCUCUACUUUAUGCUGGUCACCAUCACUUGCGUGAUCAUGAUGUCACCCACUGUGGAGAUGCAACUGCGUGAUAAUUUUCCAUUUUACUUAGAGAUUUGUAAAAAGCUGAAUGCUGGAGAGAACUGCAGCGCUCUGGUCGGCUACUCGGCCGUCUACAAAGUCUGCUUUGGCAUGGCAUGCUUCUUCUUCUUCUUCUCCAUGUUCACCAUCCGAAUACGGAGCAGCACAGGGUGUCGGGCAGCCGUACACAACGGAUUCUGGUUCUUGAAGUUUUUGGCUUUGCUAGCCUGCUGUGCAGGAGGCUUCUUCCUACCUGGUGAAGAAAAGUUUCUCGAAGUGUGGCGUUAUGUGGGAGCUGCCGGGGGCUUCCUCUUCCUAAUAAUCCAGCUCAUGCUCCUGGUUCAGUUUGCUCACAGAUGGAACCAGAACUGGAGUUCAGGUGUAGACCACAACAAGCUGUGGUAUGCAGCACUGGCCCUGGUCACGUUGGUGCUCUUCUCUGUGGCAGUGGGCGCGCUGGUCUUUAUGGCCAUGUACUACACACACCCUGAGGCCUGCUUCCUCAACAAGGUCUUCCUGGGGGUGAACUCAGGUUUAUGCUUCAUCGUCUCACUGCUGGCCAUUUCACCAUGCAUUCAAACAUUCCAACCCACCUCAGGCCUGCUCCAGCCAGCCAUCAUCAGUGUCUACGUCAUGUACCUCACUUUCUCAGCCCUGUCGAGCAAGCCCAUUGAAAUGGUGGAGCAUGAUGGAGUGAACAGAACUGUCUGCGUCUUUCCUUUUUCUGGAUCAGAGGGUGACAGAAAAAUAGCAACAGGAGUAGGAACGGCCAUUUUGUUUGGCUGCGUGCUUUAUUCAUGUUUGACCUCCACGACAAAGAGGAGCUCAGCAGCGUUACGAGUGUACAGAAACUCCAUGCAAGAAAACGAGAGGGCACGUUGCUGCUUCUGCUGCACUGACUAUGCAGAGGACUAUGAGGAGGAGGAGAAGACUGCAGGAGGACAGAAUGUAAUUUAUGAUGAGAAAGAUGGCACUGUCUACAGCUAUGCCUACUUCCAUUUUGUCUUCUUCCUUGGCUCACUCUACGUCAUGAUGACAGUCACAAACUGGUUCCAUUAUGACAAUGCUAAGAUUGAGAGAUUGUUGGAAGGGAGCUGGUCAGUGUUCUGGAUCAAGAUGGCGUCUUGUUGGGUUUGUCUCUUCCUCUACAUGUGGACCCUGGUGGCCCCCAUGCUCUUCCCAAAGAGGUUUGAAGCAUAAAGGCAUUCUCCAAAUACAUCACAUCUAUCCUACCACUAAAAUGUUCUGUAGAUUUUAUCUUACUGUUGCUUAAAUGUUGCAUUUAAACAGAUUUACUUGUAAGGCAAAAAUGCCUGACAUCCUAAAGACAGAUCAGUGGAGAUUUGUUACAUGUAUGGGUUUUGAUGUCAUUUUGGUCAUCAGGAGGCAGUUUUUUUUUCUUGUUUUUUUUUAUAAGGAAAUAGAAACCAUGAAGGUAUGAAAGCAAAGCAUUGCUCAGGCUCACUUCACUAUUACUGUCUUGUGUGUUACAUUUGCAUCUUUUGAUAGAUAAAGUAUUCUAUGCAAGUCAACCAAGAGCAUGUGUUUAAUUCCAACAUUUUUUUAAUGGUACCUUGUGUUUUCACUUUUGUGUUUAUAUGACAUUUUCCUUUUUAUAUACCAUUCACACCAAAAUAAUCAAUAGCUACGAAGAACAUUAUUUCAAAGCGGAUUAGCUGUGUUUUAGCCUAAUGGAAUAAAAUGAUUGUUUGGGAAAGCAAACAUUCCUGGAGCACUCUCCCUUUAAUUUUAGGCUUGGGUUUCAGUAUUUCAGUAAAGAAAACAACCAAUUCAUAUUGGAGUUUCUGCUCUGCUAAAAUGUCUGCUAAAAUG